AUGAAAACUAAAGCUUUUGAUCUUCAUCUCAGGCUUACUUUCUACCGUACCAUUAACAUUUUCUCUAAGUUUGGAGUAUUUCCUAUCUUUGUUUUGGACGGAACUCCAUCACCGUUGAAAUCUCAAGCGAUGAUGGCUCGGUUUUUCCGUUUCUCCGGCAUUGAUACUCCAACUUCGAAUGUGGCCAAAGAGGGUGUUUCCAAGGAGAGGAACGUUGAGCUUGUUGAACUAAUGGGAAUGUAUGUGUUGAAAACAAAUGUCGAGGCUGAAGCACUGUGUCCUCAGUUAAAUAAAGAUGGUCAUGUUGAUGCUUGCGUUACAGCCGACAGUGAUGCAUUCCUCUUUGGGGCUACUUGUGUUAUUAAAUGUCUUAGGCCCAAUUCAAAAGAACCAUUUGAAUGCUACAAUAUAUCGGAUAUUGAAGCUGGUCUUGGACUAAAGAGGAAACACUUGAUAGCCAUCUCUCUUUUGUUUGGGAAUGACCAUGACCUAAAUGGGGUGCAAGGGAUUGGUCUCAAUAAAGCACUUCGUUUUGUACGAGAGUUUAGUGAAGAUGAGAUAUUUGAUAAGUAUGCUUUUACAUGUAAACUUGUCGUACUAUGUGCUUUCUGUAGUUCUAAAUGUUAUUUAGUGAUAUCAUUCUCAUAACUGUUGGACAUAAU